GGUGGGGCUUAAUUCAUAUGUUUUGUGUUGUAAUGUUGGAGAAGGCCGAGAUAGAGGAAUAGGUGAUCAAAGGAAACAGAAAUAUUUAGAGAGGACAUGGGCAAGAUUAUCAUGCAGAGUUGGUCUCCAUUUUGGUAUGUUUUGUUGCUGAGUUUUGCUUUGGUAGUAGGACCAGGAGCGCAGGGCUGGAGCAAAGAGGGGCAUAUCAUGACAUGUCGGAUUGCGCAGGAACUUCUAGGGUCUGAAGCAGCAGAGGCUGUUCGAAAUUUGUUACCCCAUUAUGUGAAUGGCGAUUUAUCAGCCCUUUGUAUAUGGCCUGACCAAGUCCGACACUGGUACAAGUAUCGGUGGACUAGCCCUCUUCACUUCAUUGACACACCCGACAAUGACUGCACGUUCAACUAUGAAAGGGACUGUCAUGAUCCGCAUGGCAAGGAGGACAUGUGUGUCGCAGGUGCCAUUCAGAAUUUUACCUCUCAACUUAAGCACUACAGAGAGGGAAGUGCUGAUCGUCGAUAUAAUAUGACCGAGGCCUUGUUAUUCUUGUCACACUUCAUGGGAGAUAUCCAUCAGCCGAUGCAUGUUGGAUUUACAAGUGAUGAAGGGGGAAACACCAUAAAUCUACGCUGGUUUAGGCGCAAGUCUAAUCUGCAUCAUGUUUGGGAUAGGGACAUUAUUACAACGACUAUGUCAGAUUAUUAUGAGAAGGACAUGGAAGUCCUUUUGGAAAACAUAGAGACAAACUUCACCGACGGAAUAUGGACGUCUGAUGUUACAUCAUGGGAGCAUUGUGAUGAUAUUCUUUCAUGUGUAACCAAGUGGGCUUUAGAGAGCAUAAACAUAGCUUGCAGAUGGGGUUACAAAGGGGUCGAGCCCGGUAUAACUCUGUCGGGUAUAUAUGCAAAUCCAACCCACCUCUUAAAAACUAUAAUUCAUUAUGAUUACUUUGACUCAAGGAUGCCAAUUGUUAUGAAACGAAUUGCACAGGGAGGAGUUCGAUUGGCUAUGAUUUUGAACCGAGUUUUUGGUAACUCGAACGAAGGAUUUGCAUCACCAACUUAAGCAUGCAUGCAUGCAACCGCAAUGGCUUUCAAUGUUCAAUAUCGAUCAAUAUUACAUAUUGAUCUUCAUUUUAACCAAUUAUACAUACAUAAUUAGUUUGAUUCCAUUUCUCCAUAAUAUUCAUACUUGUAUUUAAUGAUUAUAAUCCCUUACGAUAUU